UUAUAUAAUCCAAUGGUAUAAUAAAAAAUAUUAUAAAGUAAGCGUUUAAAGUCGCUGUUCGUUAUGUGAGCGAAGUCAAACGAAAUGGAGGCGUCACUGUGUGAAGAACCGGGGGCCUUCAAAGCCACAUCUCAAGGUAAUCUGCAGGCCAUCAAGCAGUUUGAGGAGCAAGAAUUGGUCGACAAACAAUUGAACAAUAAAGAAGGAUGGACAAAGCAACUCGCCUUCGUCGGCUAUGGAGCGACGAUAGGUGCGGCAGUGCCGGCUGGUUACUGUGUAGGUGUGAUGAACAGUCCUGCUGAGUUUAUGCGAAAUUGGUGUAAUCAGACGCUGAUCGAAAGAUAUGAUUGGCACUUGACUGAGACGGGCAUGAACAUUCUGUGGUCGACGAUUGUUUCAAUUUUCUUAGUAGGCGGCGCUAUAGGAUCUCUGACGGGAGCCAAAGUGGCCAAUCGAUUUGGAAGGCGAACCUCUUUUCUAUCAUGCGGUGUCCUCUUUGUCAUCGCAGCUGUGCUCUUUUUCACUUGUCGGAUGCUGCGCUCCGUGGAAGUGCUCAUCAUUGCACGUUUCCUAGUUGGUUUAGCAGGAGGUCUGGCCACUGCUUGCCUACCUAUGUACCUCGCCGAGGUAGCGCCAUUAUCCAUGGGAGGCGUAUUGGGCGUCUUCUGUCCAAUGGGUCUAACCGCUGGUGUUGUGAUAGCUCAAAUUUUCAGUUUACGCAGCGUUUUCGGUAACUCGGAACAAUGGCAUUUGGCAAUCAGCUUCUACCUUGUAUUCGUAUUGAUCUGCUAUGCACCGAUGUACUAUUAUCCGGAGAGUCCGAAAUGGUUGUAUGUCAUUAAAGGUGAUGAGGAGGGCGCGCGGAGGCAACUAAAAAUAUUACGUGGAAAUAUUAGUGACACUGCUAUUGCUAGGGAAAUGGCCAUAAUGGAAGCCGAAUCGAAUGUGAAAGAUCAAGUCAGCGGAUAUGGUGCCGUCCUAAGUGAUCCAAAGCUACGGCUGCCAUUGAUUAUCGUUUGUGCCUUUCAGGGCGGCCAGCAAUUGUCGGGCAUUAACGCAAUUUUCUUCUAUUCGGUGUCAAUUUUCCUCAGAGCUGGUUUAUCUGCAUCGGCUGCUGAGUGGACCAAUUUAGGUGCCGGUUCUCUCAAUUUAGCUGUAUCUUUAGUGGGUCCAUAUCUAAUGGCCAGAUUUAAUCGUCGUUCACUUAUGCUCUUCUCAACAUUUUUUAGUGCUCUUGCUCUGGCAUCAUUUGCACUACUUCUUUACUUCAUCGACUAUGUCUCUUGGUUUGCUAUUGGUUGCGUUGUUUGCAUUUUCCUCUACAUAUUCUUUUUCCAGUUCGGAUUGGCUCCCAUUCCAUUUUUCAUCGGAUCCGAACUGUUUGAAGUAGCACCUCGAUCCGUGGCCAUGUCUCUGGGUAGCGUUUCUUCAUGGGUAUGCAAUUUCAUAGUCGGCAUGCUCUUUCCCACACUACAGGAUGCCUGGGGCUCCCUGGUAUUCAUACCUUUCGCUAUCGUUUGUGCGAUGCUUUUCAUCCUCACCAAACGAUAUCUCCCAGAAACAAAAGGUCGUAGCCCGUCUCAAGUGGCGCCAUUGGUGGCGAAUGGUUUUAAAUCGAAUAUAUACGAAAUCAAAUAA